AUGUCUGGAGAACUUCGUGGUGCCGACACCGCGUCCCCCGCCGAUCGACUGCCCACCAUGGCCACAACAACGAUCAAAGUGGAUGGAAUGACAUGCGGUGCCUGUACCUCUGCCGUUGAGGGUGCGUUUAAGGGGGUGGAAGGGGCGGGCGAUGUGUCCGUCAGUCUGAUCAUGGGUCGCGCCGCAAUUCAACACGAUCCGUCGAUACUUUCGCCCGCCAAAGUUGCGGAGAUGAUUGAAGAUUGCGGAUUCGAUGCCGCGGUUCUGUCCACCGAAGGACAUGUUAAAUCAGUGGAUGGCGAUGCGCUGGACGAUCUGGCGUCGACAUUCUCGACGACCACGCUCGCCAUCGAAGGUAUGACCUGCGGCGCAUGCACAUCUGCGGUGGAAAGUGGUCUCAAGGAUGUCGCUGGAGUGAACUCGGUCACCGUUUCGCUACUCUCCGAGCGCGCGGUGGUGGAGCACGAUGUCCAGACCAUCACGCCAGAGCAAAUCGCCGAGCUGAUCGAGGACCGUGGAUUCGGUGCUCGAGUGGUCGAAACAAAAGCAUCGCCUGCCGGCCAAGAGAAUUCGUCCAAACUUGCCAACCGGACGGAAAGCAAACCAGGGCAUUUGGUGACGACAGUUGCCAUCGGUGGUAUGACCUGUGGGGCUUGUACAUCCAGUGUUCAAAAUGCCGUUGCCAAUGUGGACGGCGUGAUCCAGUUCAACAUCAGUCUGCUAGCUGAGCGUGCCGUGAUUGUACAUGAUCCGUCGAUACUGCCUGCCCAAAAUAUAGUCACGAUGGUGGAGGAUGCCGGCUUCGAUGCAUGUAUUGUCUCAUCUGAACCUCAAGAGCCGCUCUCAAGGAAAACCCAGCAGCUCAACAUGAGCAUUCAUGGUCUGAGGGACGCAACCUCUGCUUCAGCACUGGAGGAGGAGCUCCUCAGUCGACCAGGUAUUCAGUCUGCGUCUGUCAAACUAGCAACUUCCCACUUACUUGUUACUUUCGACACAUCCAUCAUCGGCAUUCGAUCUGUAUUUGAAAUCAUCGAGGGUGCUGGUUACAAUGCAUUGAUUGCUGAUACUGAUGACACAAAUGCACAGCUGGAGUCCUUGUCGAAAACGAAAGAAAUCCAGGAAUGGCGCCGCGCUUUCAUAACCUCGGUCUCUUUCGCUGUUCCAGUGUUCCUCAUCAACAUGAUCUUCCCAAUGUAUCUGCGCCCAAUCGACUUUGGCAGACUUCAGUUGAUCCCAGGUCUUUAUCUGGGUGACCUGAUCUGUUUCGGUCUGACGAUACCUGUACAAUUUGGCAUUGGUCGACGGUUCUACGUCACCAGCUACAAAUCACUCAAGCAUAAAUCCCCAACCAUGGACGUUCUCGUCAUGUUGGGUACAUCCGCAGCUUUCUUCUAUAGCUGCUUCACCAUGUUCAUGGCUAUCUUUAGCGAUCAACACAAACGACCAAGCACUGUUUUUGAUACUAGUACCAUGCUCAUCACAUUCAUCACACUCGGAAGAUGGCUAGAGAACCGGGCGAAAGGCCAAACAUCUGCCGCCCUCUCCCGCCUCAUGUCUUUGGCUCCUUCGAUGACCACCAUUUACGAAGACCCUAUUGCGGCCGAGAAACUGGCCGAUGGGUGGACCUCGCAAGCUACAUCCAAUGAGGCUAAGCCCACGUUAGCAGACGAUGCCACGGUGAACCAGAAAAUUAUUGAUACUGAAUUGAUUCAAGUCGGCGACAUCGUCAUCCUCCGUCCCGGUGAUAAGGUCUCCGCGGACGGCAUUGUUAUUCGUGGUGAAAGUUACGUCGAUGAGAGCAUGAUAACGGGCGAAGCCCUGCCUAUCCACAAGAAGAAGGGUAGCCAUGUGGUCGCCGGUACCGUGAACGGAACGGGCUCAAUUGACUUCAAGGUUAUCCGGGCAGGUAAAGACACCCAGCUGAGCCAGAUUGUCAAGCUCGUCCAGGAUGCACAGACGAGCCGCGCCCCGAUUCAGCGCAUGGCUGAUAUCGUGGCUGGUUAUUUCGUCCCAACUAUCAUCGGUCUUGGCCUGAUUACCUUCUUCGGUUGGAUGUUCCUCAGCCAUAUCUUGUCUAACCCGCCCCAAAUCUUCCAAUCAGAGGACAGCGGUGGCCGAGUGAUGGUCUGCCUUAAGCUCUGUAUUUCAGUCAUCGUCUUCGCCUGUCCCUGCGCCCUGGGUCUUAGUACCCCCACUGCCGUCAUGGUGGGAACUGGUGUUGGUGCUGAGCAUGGUAUCCUCGUCAAGGGCGGUGCUGUUCUCGAAGCCGCCACUAAAGUCAAUCAUGUCGUCUUCGACAAGACUGGUACCCUGACUACGGGUAAGAUGAGCGUAGAUCACGUUCGGAUGGAGCCUCACUGGACGGCAAAUGACUGGCGCCGCCAACUGUGGUGGUUGAUUGUCGGUCUCGCAGAGAUGGGCAGUGAACACCCGAUUGGCCGUGCCAUUCUCUCCGAAGCCAAGUCUGAAUCUGGUCAUCCAGGGGAAGACGGGUUACCUGGAAGCGUCGGCGAUUUUGAUGCGUGUGUCGGCAAGGGUAUUUCGGCUGUCGUUGAGCCUGCCUCUAGCGUGGAGCGUGUCCGCUACCAGGUUCUUCUGGGCAAUGCAGACUUCCUACGCUCAAGAGAUGUGCCCGUGCCCGCAGCGGCUGACCCUGACUCUUUGGAAGCCCCAGAGGAGACGGGGCAGGUGGCCCCGAAACCAACUGGUGCUGCCUCUGGCAUCACACGUAUCCAUGUUGCCAUCGAUAACCGAUACGCGGGAACCAUCUCCCUUCGUGACAGCAUCAAGGAUACUGCAGUCGCUGCAAUCGCAGCCCUCCACCGCAUGGGAAUAUUCACCUCCAUGGUGACCGGCGACACAUUGUCCACCGCGCUCUCAAUUGCCUCGGCCGUGGGUAUUCCAGCAUCAGCAGUCCACGCAUCCGCCUCUCCAUCCGAUAAGCGUGCUAUCAUUUCUUCCCUCCAGCUGAAUGGCGAGCGCAUCGCCAUGGUCGGCGAUGGAAUCAACGAUUCCCCAGCGCUGGCCACUGCAUCCGUUGGUAUCGCACUAUCCUCCGGCACCGAUGUCGCCAUGGAGGCAGCGGACAUUGUCCUCAUGCGUCCGGACGACCUGCUCUCCGUACCAGCCAGUCUGUCACUGUCACGCUCGGUUUUCAACCGCAUCAAGCUCAACCUCGUUUGGGCAUGCCUCUACAAUGUCAUCGGUCUCCCCUUCGCCAUGGGUCUUUUCCUUCCCUUCACGGGCUUCAUGCUUCCUCCCAUGGCUGCUGGUGCUGCAAUGGCGGCGUCUAGUGUCUCAGUUGUGGUUAGCAGCUUGCUUCUGAAACUCUGGCGUCGUCCUUCCUGGAUGAAGGUCGAGCGGUUGGAGAAGGAACUGGGCUCGGGAGCCAUUCCUGCCAAUGGCGUCUCGCGCAAGUCUGGUUGGUGGUCUCCCGCUACGAUCCUGUCGGAUCACCCCCGGUCUAUCACCCGCUGGAUCGGUGAUAGUGUGUCGUCGCUCUGGGCCACGAUUACUGGAAGGCGGACCGUUGUUCGCGAGGACGAAGGUUACGUGCCGCUGCAGACUGUUGAGUCUCCUGUUUAA